CCUGUUUUUCAUAAAAUGAAAUAAAAUCAGGGGUUUUCAAAAUAUCUAUUUCCAUUAAAAAUAAGAAAAUUAUUAAAUGAAAGGAAAAAAAGGUUUUGCAGAACAAAGAGAACAGUAGAAAAUUGUCAGAGGGAAAAGUAAAGAACAAGCUGGACUGUUGGAGUUGUUGUUAGUGUACUUCCUUUACGUAUUACGUCCUUUAUAUUUGUUUUUAUUAUUAUCUAUGGUAUCAAGAUUAUAAAAACAAAAUUUUGGCACAGUGGUGUAAAUACAUAAAAAGUAAACAUUAUUUAAAUUUUAAACAAAUAAAAGAAAAAAGUUUGGAGGUCCACAUCAAGUGAAGAAGACAUGUCAUUUCACAUUGUUUUUGGUUUCAUGAAUGAUAGAGAACUUUGCACAUUUAUGGUUAAAAUAAAAAAUAGCUUUCGAAUGAACAAUAACAAAUCAAAAUUUUCACUAAAUGGAAAACUUUAUAUGUUUCUAUCAAAUAUCUUCUUCUAGACGUAUUAAUACUCAUGUAUGUGUCACUUUUCUCAUAAUGUAGAAUUGUAGAUUGAAAAUCAAAUAAACUUUAAAGGGGAUGUAGGCAAGUGGGUGUGAUCGAACACUAGCAACAAUAUGUUAAUAAGCAUUAUUAGCACCAUACAGCCUUUUCAUCUCUUUUCUAAAUACGAAUAUAUUAAAUAGUCCGUGACUAAUAUGUAAGCUCAAGAAAAAGGAGCUUGUCGGAUUGAGAAACAGAGGAUGUGUUAUGCACAAUAUAGGAAGUGUGACUUGCUGUUACAAGUCGGUUAUGAGAUGAUGACGUGUCAAUGUCUCAUUGGUUCCAAGAUCUUACUUUGGCGUGAAGCAAAGAAGAUUUGGAAGAUUUGGGCUUAUCACAAUAUUUAGGCGACUAGGGUAUUGUGUUAAGGCUAUAAAACCUGAUUACUUUGUGUAGAUUAAGGUUAGCCGUUUUAGAUUGAAAAGCUAGAGCAAGAGGUUUGUUCUUGAGAGCUUAAGAAAGACAAGUACUCGUGGGUGUAUCUUGUGCUUUCUGUUUUGACAGAUUAGGAAUUGGUCCGUCUCUAGUCGUGUGUGACUGAGAGUAAUUCGGAUUAAACAGAUCUAGGAAGAUUGUUUAACAGAUUUCUAAUAUACAAGAAAGUGUUCUUGGUAUCUUGUGUUUUAGUUCUUAUAUUUGGUAGUCCCUGAACUUUCAUUUGGUAUCAGAGCAGGAAACUUCUGUGGUAUCAUACACUACUAACAGGUUGAGAUCCUGCGGAUUUCAUGGACACCAUGAAGGAACUAUUCGGAAUUCAUAAACCCAUUAUGCUGGACAGCUGCAACUUUGGUCAUUGGAAGGCAAGGAUGCGACAGUUGAUCAGAGGAAUUGACGAGGAUGCGUGGACUGCAGUUGAAGAAGGGUGGUCUGUGCCAACGAUGAUGACUGAUGACAAAACUCUUGCUCCAAAACCAAAGAAUCAGUGGACUGAUCCUGAAAAGGCAGCUUCCAAAUUCAACUCUAAAGCUCUUACCGCCAUCUUCUCUUCGGUAGAUCUGGAUCAGUUCAAAAUCAUCCAGGGAUGUGAGUCUGCUAAAGAAGCUUGGGAUAUUUUGACCAACCACUUUGAAGGAAAUACCAGCGUGCGAAGAACAAGGAUCGAUCACCUAGCUUCAAAGUUUGAAAAUCUCCGCAUGACUGAUGAUGAACCAAUUGAUGGAUUCAUAUCUAAGAUCAGUGAACUUGCUAGUGAAGCCUCGGUUCUUGGAAAGAAAUAUGAUGAGAAGGAUUUGGUGAAAAAGCUGUUAAGAUGUCUGCCUCCACGGUUUGAAGCUUACAAGGCAGUACUGGAUAUAGCUGUCAACACAGAUGAAAUGAAGUUUGAUCAAUUGUCUGGUAUCUUGAAGGUCCAUGACCUGGAGAAAUCCAAUCGAACCACAAACUCUCAAAAGAGCAUCGCCUUUGUGUCUGACUCAAACGAACAGGACCGAGUCACAAAGAUAGAAGAGAAUUUGGGGCUUAUGGCUCGAAACUUCAACAAAUUCAUUAAGCGAAUGGAUAAAGGAGGAAACAGAUCAAACUCGCGAUUUCAGAGGAACGACUCAGAUCGAAACAGCUCUCAAAACACCAGGCAAGACACGAAGAACUCUAAGAAGAAGGAGUUACAAUGUCAUGAGUGUGAGGGGUAUGGACACUUUCGCAAUGAGUGCCCACUAGCUAAACGCAAAGAACUCAAGUGUAUUGACUGCAAGGGAUUUGGACACACUCGAAGUGAAUGUCCUAAUAAUCUGAAAAAGGACAAGUCACUUAUGUGCUUCAGUGAUACAGAGUCGGAGAGUGACAGCGACAGAGAUGAGCUUCAUCUAAAUUUCAUGGCACUUGUCAGCAAGGAAGAAGAACCAAAAUUAGAUUCAGGCAUGGAAGAGGAUGAGGAUGAUCUCAACAACGAUCUUGAAUCAGAAUACAAGUCUCUUUUCGACAAGUUUGCUGAACUCAGUCAUGAGAAUCUACAACUACUAAAAGAUAAGGCAAUGCUGAAAGCUCAGGUGAAUAUUCUGGAAUUGGAGAAACCUUCUGAACAAUCCACUGAGUUGUCUAUACUCAAGAACUCAGACCAAGAAUUGCUAUCACUGAAACGAGCAAUGACUGAACAAGAGAGAGUUCAAAAAAGGUUGAGCUGAAGAUGAAUUGUCUGAAUGAGCUACU